GUCACUGGAAAGCGCCGAACUCUAGUUUCCAAAGUUUUAUGUGGUGCUAUGGAUAGCUGAUGGACAAAAGUGGGUUUCUGUCUUAUUAGCCGCCUUGAUAACAGAUGGAUGACCUCAACGUACUACAUCACAGAUGCCUCCUGAAUCUGAGGCGUCGAAUCAGAGAUAUUGGGGAUGGGCGCCCAGCACAGGAACGAUAUAUGAGGUUGCAGAAGGAUGGAGACACACUCAGUUACCAAGGGAACUCUGAAGAGGUGGGUUGCUAUGUGGCUGGCCAUCCUUUAUCAAAGGGAAAUUGCUACUUUGAGGUGACAAUAGUGGACACAGGGGUGAGGGGGACCAUUGCUGUGGGCCUGGUGCCUAAAUUCUAUAGGCUGGACCACCAGCCUGGCUGGCUGCCAUACUCUGUAGCUUACCACGCUGACAACGGCAAACUCUACAAUGGCAACCCUGUGGGACAGCAAUUUGGGCCAAAGUGUGCACGGGGUGACCGUAUUGGCUGUGGAAUACACUCCGAAAAUAUUGAAGCAGGUUUUACAACCGUGUUUUUCACUAAAAAUGGCAAAGAGGUUGGUUCAGUCGAGGUUCCUGUGUCUGCAGAGGGCCUGUUCCCCGCUGUAGGGAUGCACUCCAUGGGGGAGGAAGUGAAGGUUGACUUGCAGGCUGAGUGGCUCCUGGAGGAAGAUGAUAGUAUGAUGAUGGUGGACAGCCAUGAAGAUGACUGGGGACGGCUUUACGACGUCCGGGUGAGCGGCACGCUCUUGGAGUAUGUUGGGAAAGGAAAGAGCAUCAUGGACGUGGGUUUGGCCCAGGCCCGCCAACCACUCACCACCCGCUGCCACUACUAUGAACUGGAGAUCAUUGAUGCUGGGGAGAAGUGCUAUAUUGCUCUGGGCCUGGCUAGAAGGGACUACCCGAGGAACAGACACCCAGGUUGGAGCCGAGGGUCAGUGGCGUAUCACGCAGACGAUGGCAAGAUCUUUCACGGCAGCGGCGUCGGAGACGCUUUUGGUCCUCGCUGCUUCAAAGGUGACAUCAUGGGCUGCGGCAUCAUGUUCCCACGAGACUACAUCCUGGAUGGAGAAGGUGACGUGGACGACUGGGAGCAGCUGGAGGUCCGUCCGAGUCACGCCGGUGUCCAGAACGUUCUGUACCUCAACGAUGAAGAGGAGGAAGAGGAGGAUGGAGAGGAAGUGGAGCAGGGACAGGAGGGCAGGAAGGUCACGGUGUUCUUCACGAGGAACGGGAAGCUGAUGGGGCGGAGGGAAAUGGCGGUCCCCCCCGGCGGCCUCUACCCCACCGUGGGGAUGCUGAGCAGCGGAGAGAAGGUCAAGGUGGAUCUGCAUCCCCUCAGCGGAUGAGCUGAGAGCCGGACUGGACUUGUGACGCCCUGCAAACAGCUGGCUGCGCUGUAGAGCUCACCCACAGUAGCCUAGCAUGCUGCUAACACUCGCCAGGACACACUCAGUUCAGCCGCACACACGCACGCACGUCUCCGUCGUCUUCCUCGAAAAACUGCCUCGGCUUUAAUUUAUAAGAGUUGUAAAUUUCACAGUCAUCACAGGAACCCGACCGGGUCGUCCCGCCGGUCGUGAGGGGGCGGAGGGAGCCGUGUAGCUCGCGGUGCAGGAGUGCGACCGCCGCACCUCAAGGCUAAAACUCCUGGAAGAUAUUUAAGUGUUAAUUCUAUGCAAUCUGUCCUGCGAUCAUCCUCACGUCUAACCUCCUCCUGCAUGCUGUUAAAUCCCUCUCAUGAGGUCUGGCACACUGAGUUUAUUUCAUUUGUCACGACCCCAAGCAAAGCAGAGCGAGGCCAACAGUCUGCCGAGUCAGAGCCCGUUGGCGGUUUAUGUUUCAGGGAAUACACCCUCUCACACACACACACACACACACACACACACACACACACACACACACUCUCUCUCUCUCUCUCUCGCCCUCUCUCUCUCUCUGGGUGAGGCUGCCCUCCUGUGAGCGAUCAGGGACCUGCCGUCGCCCCACCUCGCUCGCUGCUGCCCCGGAGCUGAUGUGAGAUGUCUUGCCGGUUUGGUAAUCGCAGCCUCACAUGAGAUGCAGUUGGUGCGCGGCGUCAGAUCAGACGUUUCCUGCGGGGAUGAAGAUCUUUUCACGUUGGCGCCAGAAUACAAACAGAAACACGUUUUUCUACGAGCGAUCUGGUAAAUCCACCUUUAAAUUUGUCUUCUGCGUCAAAAGUUCAGGGAAUGUUUUGUUGUUGCACUUUGAGAACAUGAAAGGGCAAAUCUGAAUACAGCGGGUGGACAAAAUAACAAGAACACCUUCCAACAUAAUGCAUCUGAUGCAGCGCCACAAUCUGCAGCCAUAAAGAGAAGCACCUCCGAACAUCAAGGUUAACUUGCAGACCUCACACAGAAGCAUCAGACUGUUGUGUGUCACACUGUGUCGUAAUGUUUUGUUCUCCUUUUGCACAAGUUUGACUCGCGGUGCACGUUUGUCAUCACUAUGAAGGAUUAUUUCCACUCUUGAUGUUCUUUUCCCGCUUUUUAGAUACUUUGCAGGUAAUUUAAAAGAGCCAAGAGAAAAAAAAACAAAAAUCUGCUCAAAGUCAUCUCUUGCUCUUGUAGUCAGACGAUAACUUAACUUCCUGUCUGUGAUGUAGGAUUAACUGCCGGGUGUGUUGUGAGGGUGAAGACGAUGAUGUUUGGUUGCUGCGUGUGAUGUGUUUGUGUGUCUGCACGGCAGCGCCAGGGGCCUGAAUCACAAACGUCUCAGUCUCUGGCCUUCGCUCCGGCUGCCUGCUGUCAUGAAGCAGCUCGCUUUAACCAGGUUAGAUCGCCAUGGUAACCUGUGCUGGAUGGAACGAAACCUAAUCAAAACAGCUGACCAAUCAGAUCGCCGGAAACGCUGAAUCAUCCGGGGUCAGGACGUGGACAAAAGUUCAGGGCUUAUAAAUAAUAAAGAGACAUCUUUAGAGAUCAUCUGAUUACUCAAUUUUCUUGAUUGAUUCGAUCACAAAUGAUUGAAGCACAAAAAUGAUCAAUUAGUAAUAACAGAAGACUCAUUAAACCACAACAGCUGACAAACAAAGAAUUAAAAAGCUUUAAAAAUAUGAAACGAUUCGCAGAUGAUGAAUUUCUUUCUUUCGAUCAAUCAUUUGAUAAACGGACCGACUGUUUCAGCUCUCUGUAAUUAAUGGUCUUUUUAUCUGCCCUUUGAUUAGCUCAGUUAAUUAUAAAUGCAGCAUUUCAGUCGGAUAAACGCGAUGAGGCGUUCGCUCGCUGUGACCACGGCGUUGGCGGUUGGAUCCUCUCGUCCACACGCUGAACAGUCGCUGUUGAUGCUUAACGCCAACUUUCAUAUAAUAAUGAAAUAUGAUCAGGUCAAAAACUUUUUCUGCUUCUCACGUGUGACGGUUUGCUGCUUUUCUUUUUAUCAUCGGUUAAUCUGGACAUUUUUUUUUGUUCGUGAAAUGAUUCGUCUCUAAAUCGGAAAAAUAAUUAGCGUAUUAGUCGUCUGUGUUUCAUCUCGUAUCAUAUUAAGUCUCACUGACGUCGCGUCGCAGGGAUCAGAAUCGAUGCAGCAGAACCAAAUAUCCCAUUUUUUCUGACAUGCGUUCUUCUUCCUUUCCAAAACUUGGUGCCCGCGUUACCCACAAUGCAACUUGACUGUUGCCCGUGUUGUGCUGGUAGCGGAUAACGUAGCCUGGAGCCGCUGGUUCUGUGUGGAGCCUCACAGUACUUCCUCAUCCAGAACAGCCGUGACGGUCUCAGUGACGCCAGGUGACCCAAACAGACUCACCUGCAGCCGCUUUGUGAAACAGGCCCCAGAGAUAAAACAAUCCGCGUGGAUGAGUGAGAAACCCUGUUUGUUGUGUCGCGUCAGUGGGAGCUGGUUUCCACACAAAUGAUUCACAUUGAUUUCUUUGUUCUUUUGCGUCUGUUUGAUUAAAGGGAAUGAUGACGUCUACUUUAUUAUACUGUAUCAGCUGUAACCUCUUCAUCGAGCUCCUCUGCAUCUUCCCACAUCUGUAUGUAUCCAUGACAACAUCAGCAGCCCUGUAACAUAAACUGUAGCGUACAUUCCUCUGCACCUGCCUGCGAGGUGCACACGGCAGGUUUCUGUAGUGUUUGGUCGUGAAGACAAACUGCAUCAUUCAUACACCAGAACGCUGCAGACAGUAACGCUAGAGAUAUAACAUGAUGUGAAAAUACUACACAGGGUUAACUGUUCAAUCACAUAUCUGCUGGAGAUCGUUUUUAGCUGUCGUCAGGAUUUGUUUUGGAGCCAUUGAUGACCUUAGCAGGUCUACAGGACAUGUGAAAAUGCGUAAAUCAGUUUUCUCCUCCUGCAGGGCUGGAUAGAGACACCGAUGUGGACGUUUGGGCCACGUCGAAGUUCAGGGUAUUAAAGUCACUUAUGUUAAAGUUUACUCAGAAUCUCAGUUUACAGACGGUGUCACAGUUCAACCAAAUUAGAGCUAAAUCUGAUUGAAAGUGUUUGUAGCGUUUCCAACUUUACUCACCGAGGACUCCUGUAAUAAUUCCUCCUUGUUGACUUGCACUAUAAUGGCCUUGUUCAGUACAUGUAUGAUCAUCAAUAAAGGGUU